AUGACGGGUAUGACAAGAGUAGUAAUCCUUCCAGGUGUUAAUAUUACGCAAAAGUAUCAAGAAUUAUUGCGUAAAUUAGAGACAAUGGGCGGUGAAAAGAUUGGACGACAUGUGGUACAUUGUCGUCUAUUUAAUCGCAAGACACUUUUAACUGGUUAUGGGAAUCAACGAAUGUUCAUGCUACGAAUGUCACAGAAUGAUGAUCUUGUGUAUGCUGUAAUAGCAAAUGAAAAGGCACAGGGUUUAGCAUCAAGUGAUAAUGGAAUUGAAGGAAUGAUGGAAAAUUGUUCACUCUUGGAAUGUGGAUUAGAUGGAGCGAAUAUCUUGCAACAAGUCGAGAUUUAUGCGUUUAAAUCGGACGGUCAAUUUGAGGGUACACAGUAUGUGGUGGGAGAUUUCUUAGUGAGCGUUUGUACGUUCAUGUCCCGGAAUAACGUGCCUCGAGGUCUCAUUAUCGAAGUUCAAUACUCGCCGUGUUACACAGUCUCGCAUGUGGAUCCACUUAUUGACGAGUUUCUAAGCAAUUUUGCUUCUCCUGACCAUCUGCGUAAACCCGUAGAGAAUCUGUCUGCACUUUUUGAGAAAGUGGGGCUACCAAACACGGAGUACAGUCUCAAGCACACGGCAUUGCAAUAUGUUGCAGCGUUUAAUAUUCUGCGCAAGUUUGAAAAGUAG